CCCUCAGGGCCCAAAAUGGCGGCGGGCGCCAAGCGCAAGCGCCCCGGAUUCAGGGCGGAAGCGGCUUCACGAGCCGGGCAAGGGCCACUUCCGGCGGGGGCGCACCGGCUGCCGGAAGCGGCGGUGUGUGCGGGGCGCAAGAUGGCGGCGGGGAUGUACCUGGAGCACUACCUGGACAGUAUUGAGAACCUGCCUUUUGAAUUGCAGAGAAACUUCCAGCUCAUGCGAGAUCUGGAUCAGAGAACAGAAGACCUCAAGUCGGAGAUCGAUAAGUUGGCCACAGAGUAUAUCAGCAAUGCACGGACUUUGUCGUCAGAGGAAAAACUGGGGCUUCUCAAGCAAAUCCAGGAGGCCUAUGGGAAGUGCAAGGAGUUUGGGGAUGACAAGGUUCAGCUGGCAAUGCAGACCUACGAGAUGGUUGAUAAGCACAUCCGGCGGCUGGACACAGACCUUGCUCGCUUUGAAGCAGACCUGAAGGAGAAGCAGAUAGAAUCGAGUGACUAUGACAGCUCUUCCAGCAAGGGCAAGAAGAAGGGCCGAGCCCAAAAAGAGAAGAAAGCUGCCCGUGCUCGCUCUAAAGGGAAGAAUUCUGAUGAGGAGGCACCAAAGACUGCCCAAAAGAAACUGAAGCUUGUCCGCACUAGCACAGAAUACGGGAUGCCUUCAGUCACUUUUGGAAAUGUGCACCCUUCGGAUGUAUUGGAUAUGCCUGUGGACCCCAAUGAGCCUACUUAUUGCCUCUGCCACCAGGUCUCCUAUGGGGAGAUGAUUGGCUGCGACAACCCAGAUUGUUCCAUUGAAUGGUUUCAUUUUGCCUGCGUGGGUCUGACGACAAAACCAAGAGGAAAAUGGUUCUGCCCUCGCUGUUCCCAGGAGAGGAAGAAGAAAUAAAAUCCCAUGAGCCCUUAGCACUGCUGCAGGAGCUCUCUUCCCCCUGCCAGGGCCUCGUCCCAACUCCCCCAGCCCUUGGGGCCUUGGCUGGGGGGAGUCUUGCCCUGUUUGUGGUUUCGGCCAUCCCUGGAAUGGUGUGUACCCUCACGGCAGUUCCUCUGUGUUCUGUAUCCCUGGUUGCUUCCAAAUCCCUAAGGGAGGCCCUCUCUGUGUACUAUUCCAAACAGGUGUCUGAACCUCAAAGGGAAUGAAUGAGGGCACCAGGGUAGCCACCAGAUUCCCAGGGAUUCAGGUAGCCCCUGAUUUUCCUUGGCUUUCCUUCAGCCUCCUCAGAGUUCAUUGCCUACUCUCUGCUUAGAGAACAAGGCUAUGGGAUGGGGGAAGGAAAGGAGGUAAGUCUUCAGUAUUUUAGGUCUUCGAUUUUCCUGGAUCUUUUUCAGGAGAGAGGGAGUAACCAGGCCACUGCUUAAUCUAGUGGGUUGGUUGAGAGACUGAAAACCUAAUGUACUCCUUAUCUUUAAUCAUUCCACUACUCUGUCUGGCAUUGAGCUGCCUCUUUUGUUGGGUUGAGGAGGAAGGAGGAGCGUUUAGAGCUGGCUUUGUCUCCUUUACUCCUGGGGUAAACCUGCUGGCCUUUGAAGCACACUGUAUGAAGGAGGAAGAAUUUCUGGCUGCAUGGCAAGAAACAAUUUGAUCUAGCCUGUCCUCUGGCUCCAAAAUUCUCCCUCUGUUUUGUGCAGUGAAGCUUCUCCAUUAUGUUCAUGAUGAGAAGUUUUGGGAUUCAAAUCCCACUUGUAUAAUACUGAAUUAAAUAAAGUUCAUUGGAACAAA